AUGUACUCCUACCAACACGGAGCUCUGGUGACCUACAAUGCGUUGGGAGGUACUACCCGCAAGAAGCUCGACAUUAUACCUGAACAUCACGGCGACGGAAGUCCACGCGAUGAUGACAGAGAUAAUGCAAGAGUGCAGCGGAUUGUUAACAAAACAGGUGGUACGCACUCAUUGGAAGAUACCCGGGUAGCAACAGAUGAUGCACUCCCGACCAUCCACACGAGGACAUCCCCAACGAUAUUCGUGAAGGCGGUGUCCGGUUUGUCUGAGGACCAGAGAUGUGUAGUCCGUGAUAUGGGAUUUGGAUGCUUGCUUGAUUUGAAGAUAACAGCAACCCCGACGAAAAUGGAAUAUUGGCUGGUUGAUAACUUCAGCCAUAUGGACCGGAAGCUGCAAUUGUAUGAUGGAGAAAAAAUCCAUAUGAAGGAAGAUGAUGUGUAUAGUGUGAUGGGGUUGCCCCGUGGAACUAUUGAGGUCACGAAUCGUAAGAAAAAGACAGAUUCAGGAGCGUUUAAAGAAUGGGCCGAUAUUUAUAAUGUCAGUGUUGCCACCAAAAUAACGGCUACAAAGGUGUUGGAGAUGAUUCAGACCUGUGAUAGAAGCGAUGACUGGUUCAAACGUCAUUUUGUGGUUCUCAUGAUUACGUGUUUAUUCGAGAGCUCUCAGAAUGGAGUGGCGAAUUUACGCACAGUUCACUUGCUCGACGAUUUGUCAAACGUGAACAAGAUGAAUUGGUGUGCGUACCUGAUUCGGUGUCUGGUAGGUGCUAAAAAAUCAUGGAAUGCUAGUCGGAAGCGCAAGAAUUUUACCGGACCAUUGCUAUUUUUUACUCUGUUUUAUGUCGAUAAGGUCGUGUUAUCGAUUAGAACCGUAGCGAGAUCACUACCAAUUUUCAAAUCAUGGAAUAACGGCUUGCUGAAAGUGAGAGAGCAAGACGAGAUUGCGGCUGGCGCAUUCGAGAGAGGAUAUGUGGAUGACGACAUACACGUGUUGGACGCUCGUCACCAUGUCGACAUACAUGAUGGCAGCCCCAUUGGGAAUGACGUGGACUGUGCGUCGGAAGUAAAUGUCCAGUUAGUGGAUGACGCAUUCUGGAAUGACCCCAAGACUCUGGCUAUCUUAGAUGCUAUUAUCGAUGCUGUUGCGCAUCGAGACCGUUUUAAACGGAUUCGUCAUGAAGGCCCCAGUUUUAGCUUGGGCUUGGGACUUACACCGGAUGAUGAGGAUGCUGAUGUAGGGCGUUUCAAUAGUGUCAACGAAUUCACUACUGACGGUCCUUCCUAUGUAGACGUGCCAUCAGCUGAUCGCGAUGCGGUGGUUAAUGAACCGGUCGCUGAUACAGUUCUUGAUUGCGUGCAAGGUGUCGGUGGUGAUGCGAAUGCUGAUGAUCCUGUUGUUGAUGCUGGCAGACCAAAAAGGAGUCCCAAGUUUUCCAGCAUAGUUAAAUCACCUUUCCAGCAAAGCGAUGUGAUUAUAUAUCAGUCCUUGUCCCUUGAUUAUGCUGUGAAGAGAGAUGUGGUGGCCUGUUUGGAACCGAACACGCCAAUCCCCGAGGCAUUUAUUGAUCUGUGGGCUCUUAUAAUGAACGACAAUGAGAAGCUCGGGAGUCGUGGCUCAGUAGCGUGUUUCUUUGCAACCACUCGUCUGUGUAAUGAGCGGCAAUCACUCGCACAGUACAUGGGACACCCGAGUAGGUUGAAAUCUUCAAAAGCGGUCGCACUAUCGAUCCCAGAAUUCGUUGAUCUGUCGUGCACUGAAGGUGUCGAUGUUGUAGAUGCCAGCGUCGUAACAAUGCGUCACAUGGAGACAUUCAAAGGACGUGCUACGCCACAGUGGAAUCCGGACGUGAAGAGGGCUGACAAAAGGCAGAUUGACCUCAUGAGGAAGCGGUAUUGCUACGUCAUUGCGUUUGCUCCAUUCUACAUGUUGAAAGACAAGAACCUUGCUAAAUCAAAGAGGUUCCAGUUGAAGAAAGGCGAUGUUGUGUGA